UAUCGCUAUCAAAAUUUAAGUAGACAUAGAUUAAGAUAAACUCUGGGUAUCAAUAUAUAAAAGCCAAGCCCGUUAGCGAAGCGAAACAGCUAAAAGAAUUCAAUUAACAAUGAAAGUAGUAUUUCUGUUGGCCUUACUUGGCACCGCCUUGGCGGCGCCAAAGAGCGUAAGCCGCAUUGUAGGCGGUUCACCCACCACAAUCUACGAGUACCCAUACCUGUCUAAUAUGGAAUUUCACUUGUUGGGAAUCAUUUGGUUUCAAUUUUGCGGUGGUUCCCUGAUCACGUCAUCGGUAGUGCUUUCAGCUGCUCAUUGUUACGCUGGAGACCACCCAUCCCAGUGGCGAGUCCGUCUGGGCAGUACGUUUGUGAACACUGGUGGCAGCUUAAUCGGUGUCAGCGAACUCCUCAUUCAUCCGAAGUACUCCGGAGCCACACUAGACGCAGACGUCGCAAUCGUCCGCCUCUCCCGGCCCGCCGUCUUCUCUGAUGGCGUCAGAUCCGCUCGAAUUGCUGGACCCAACUACAAUCUUCCGGAUGGUACCCCUGUUAAUGCUGCUGGGUGGGGAGCUUUGUCUGUAAGUUGACGACUAGUGGUCAAA